AGGAUCUCUGACUUUAGAGAUUUUCCCGAGCGCAAUAUCUUUCGGUUGUUGAAGGUUCCCAUAUACCAUGGUCGGAUAGUGAAUCCUAGAGAGUUAUCUGCAUUAUAUGAAGCAAUUGGUAAAAAGUCUCUUACGUACUGAACUUCGAGCUGAGGGUGGUGAGCUAUUUGAAUCAUUUGUGGAGAAUAUCCAUAAUAAGAAAGUUACUAUUCAUGGCCUUGAGCAAUUAUGUACUGUCUUGAAUGUUGAUGACCAGAACACUGAUACACUAUGCACAUUUGUCGUAAAUGAUCAAUUUGUGGUGAUGUCGAAGGUCAACAAGGUUUUGAAAAUCUUGAGAGAUGCUGAAAAUUGGCCAGAUGAGAACAUGUGGAUUGCUCCUCUUGGAUUAUACCAUGAAAAAUGGCAGGUCCUAGGACGUCCUGCUGAUCAGUAUCAAAUUCUAAUCAUUGGUAGUCACAACUUUAAUGUUUUGGCUAUCGAAGCCAUCACUGAAAUGAACGAACUGAACAAAGAAAUGAUAUAUCGUCAUUGUGUGCUGAUGGAUGAUGCAUGGCCUGUGGUUAGUACCGUUGAUCUUGAUUUGAUUGUGGUAGAACGUGAGAUUGUCAUAAAUAUGGGGCUUAAGGAAUUUCAGGAUAUUUCAAAAAGAUGGAGGCAAGAAUUGGCAUUUAGAGGGGCCAUUUUUAAAAGUCCUGCGAACAUUUCUUUGGCAUCCGUAGAAUUGGGAACUCUCAUGUAUGACAGUUGUAAAUAAAGUUGCUGACAGUUUAUCAAAGCAAAGUCUGGUAAGGGACUAUGGUGUUGUCUACAUGAACUUCCCUUCUGCGCAUUUUACUGGAAUUUAGCUUGAAGCUUUAAUAGGCUUGUGCCUGAUUGUAGCUUGCUUUAAUUUGCUUUCUUCUGGGCCUACAUGGGUGGCCAAAACUGAUUCUAAUUCUGCUUCUGAAACAUGAGGUUUAGAACCAAAAGCAGUGGUUAACUUCUUGGUACGAGGAAAAUGUUAUUUUCUUGUAUAUAUGUUCUAUAACAACCAAACUCAGUGGUUAACUUUUUGGUAUGUGAA